GCCGACAAGUUGUGAAUGUGUUAAAAACUGUUUAAUAUUUACAUCAUAAUAAUAUAUUAUCGUUUUAAUAUUUCUGAAAAAUGUAACACAUAAUAUAUCAGUCUACACAUUUCACUCGUUUAUAUACGUUUUUUUGAAAACUUCUUAGCCCAACGCUCCAUACGCACUACCUUCAUCGUUUUAAGAUUCUUGUCCGUCCGAACAGUAGAACGAUAUCCUCAAUUAAAUGAUGGACGAUCAAAGUUCCGAUUCGUCUGGCAAAUGCAGUCCUGAUGUUAAUAACGAAAAAUUAAUUGUAAAUGGACUUUUUGGAAUCGCUGAUGAUGAAAAUAAAGUUGAGAAUACUACUGCCUCUCCGAAAAUUAAUGAUGAUAUUAAUAUGGAAACAGAAGAAGUAGUUGAAACUAUAAUUGACAAAGUUUGUAGUGAAAACGAUCUAUAUGUUAUAAAAACUACCAAUGAAAAAAAUCGUGAUGAUAAUAAUGAUGACUGUGUUCAGAAAUCCGAGAGUAAUUGUUUUGGUAGUCAUAUGUUAUGCCCAGAGUCAACUGUUUUGGAUCACACAGAACAACCAUCCUCAUUUGCUACAAUAUCUAAAACUUAUGAAAAAUCUAAAGAAUUUGAUGCUUCAAAAGACUUAGUUACAACACAAGAAAAUUUAAAAAUUUACAAUGAAUUGCAUGAAUCAGAUUCUAAAGCUGCUGUCGUAUUAUCCAAAGGCAAUUUACCAUCAACACUCUCUUUAAUUUCUACAAAUUACCAAGAUUCAAGUUCUGAUGACAGCGAUACUAGUGAUGAUGAUAAUUUCAAUAAUGACGAUCAAUUGAUUGAUUCUGAUAAUGAAAACAGCAUAAUUUCUGUAUCAUCUAAUACAUUUUCAAAAGAUUAUGUUAAAACCAAAGGAGAAUUAGAUAUUAGUGAUUUACCACCCAUUGAAGAUUUAAAAAUAUCAGUUGAUGAAGCCAAAUGUCAACCAGUUGGAUGUAUAAAAAAUGUUGUUGACACUUUAGUUAUUGUUGAAGCGUUUUUAAAUCAACCUGCAUUAGAUAUAGAUUCUGUACUAUUUGUGGAUCGGGGAAAACGAGCUUUAGGACGAAUAUUUGAUGUAUUUGGACCUGUUACAAAGCCUUUCUAUGCUGUCCGAUUCAACGAUUCUAACCAUAUAAAAACGUUUGACGUACAAAUUAAGGAACCUGUAUACUGUGCUCCUCAGACAGAAUACGCAAGCUAUGUUAUGGUUUCUCAGCUCAUGAAAAUUAAAGGAAGUGAUGCUUCCUGGAGAGACAAUAAUGAACCACCUUGUGAGUUUUUAGAUUAUUCUGACGAUGAAGCAGAAAAGUUAGCCAAGAAAAGUCGAAGACAGAAAAAAUGUACACAACCCUCAGGAGAAGGUGAUGAUAAAGUUAACAAAGAAAAGUCACCUGAUCCUCCCAGUCAAAGUGUUGUUAGGAAUAAUCCCACACCAAGGAGUAUGACACCACGUUCAUCAUUUCAGAAUUCCAAUAAUCGGACACAACAAACAUACAGCCCUCGUCCUCCCAAUUAUGGUUAUGGUCCCAGACAAUUCCCGACCUAUGCUCAGCAUUUGAGUUCAAUGGAAUACAGUCAAGCUUAUCGCCAACCAUAUAAUCCAUGGUAUUAUGAUCCAAUGUAUGCACCAAGACACAGCUAUCCACCUCCUCCUCCACCUCAUUUUAUGCCACCAGUAUAUGAUUAUCAAUCGCAACCCCCAAUGGACCCAAAUAAUCCAAAUAAUCGAUUUCACUAUCCUGAUCGGUUUAAUUAAAAUCCUUCAAAAAUGCUUAAAAAUGUUUUUUUAUUGUGUACCUUGUUUUUGUAUUUCAUUUUUUGUAUUGAUAUAUGAUAUAUAUGAUUAAUUAUAAUAAUUGUUUUGAUAUCUAAAGCCAUAUUAAGAUACUUGGUAAUUUGUUUAUGACGGUUGCUGUUACUUGCUCAGUGCAUAGACUUAUUAUAUCUAAAUAAGGUUUGAAAUGCAAAAAUUAAUUUUGCAAUAAAAAUAAAAAAUAAAAAUUUUAAAUGCAUUGUUACUUAUCAUUUAAGUAUAUUUGAUUUUCUUAUCAUAUAGAUAAUAUUAUCUAAAUAAUAUGUAAAUAAAUUGUAAUGAUCAUGCACAGCUACAACUUAAAAUCCUAUAAAUUAAACACUUAGCAGGCUCUAAAUCAAACGGUUUCCUUUAUGAAUUAUAGUAAUUACUAAUAUGAACCAUUAAAUGUAUCAAAUUACUUACACAAACUACGCAAUUAUUCAAGAUAUAAUGUUCAAUUAGCCUAUACUGGCACACGUCUGAUGCGUGGGCUCGUAGAUAGUAAUCAUCAGUUAUCACUAUUUCUUGCAGCACUAAUUAUAAAGAGCAUGCUAAAUUUUGACGAAACUCAUAGACCAUUGUUAAUUUUUUUAAUAAUUCGUCCUUUACGGUGUUUUAAUUUUUAAUCGAUUAAAGGGCCUCGCUACGGUUAUUAUUGAAGGGACAACAUUUAGGCAAUUUAUAAUCUUUGGUCUUUGUCCAAAGAUUUAAUUUAAGGAAGUAACGACAUUAAAAAAGACUUUUACGGGUCUUCUGGUAUCCUUUGUCGAUUUUCUAAUAUUUUCAGUAAAGAAGAUCCAAAAUUUUCAGUCUUUGGAUUUUUUUUUUGAAUUUUUUAUGUGAUGGCUGCUGUCCCUCUGAGUCAGAAUUUUCCAUUAUCUCCUCCACACUAAUAUUUUUCCCACAACCAAAUCCGUCUCUUCGGUCACCUCAACUUCAGAUGCUUCGUCUUCACUUAGUUCCACAUUACUUUCAGUCCUUUAAAAAUAUGUUAAUUGUAUAAAAUUUAUAAUAUUUAAAUAGUUGAAUCAUGAUUAAUAUUAAUAUAUUA